AUGAAUCGCCACCGUGGUCCCGCGAAUCGCGCCGCCGCCGCUCACGCCGGUUGGCUGUCCCGCGCAGUAAGCGCUGUGUUUUCGGUGGUUGCCGUGGCGGAAUUCGAAAUUUUGUUUGUCGCGUUUCUUGUCCUCGUCUACCUCUUCGUCCGCGACCUGCUGCAGCAGCCGCGGUUCAGUGGGAUAUUUGCACACAAGUCCAGCCAGGCGGAGUUCGGGUUCCUCUUCGGCGGGGGGGGCGCAAGAGGGGGAGGCGCAGCUGGGGGGGCAGGCGGGGCAGGCGGAGCCUUUGGGGGAGGACAAGGCGCGUUCUAG